GCGGACCUCUGAAAUUCGAUCCGCAGAUAGUCGAGGGGUGAGAAAGCCGUAAGAUGUUGGCGGAAAACUCCUCCUGCAAGCAAAAUGCAAAUCCCUACCCUUUAUCCGACUCUCAAAACUAAAACACCAGAGAGGGAUUAGCGAAUACAUGCAAGAUGGCUAAUUUCGAUGAAGUAUCUUCAACGCAUUUUUGGGGAUAUGGAUGGGCCACUCUCAUUGCUCUCCUUGUUAUCCUCUUCUUCCACUCUGCUAAGACCUUCUUCCUCUACGUCCUAUCUCCCUCAUCCUCUAAACGCCAUCCCCUUUCUGUUCCUUCUGUUGCCUCUGCCUCCUGUGCUUCCGUUUCUCCCUCUGGGAACCUCCAAUUCCGAAUCUCAGAGGUUGUAUCAGAAGCAGAUUUAAAGAUUUUAAUAGAUAAUUUGGAUGAGAGGCUCCCAGAGAAUGAGAAAUGGGAAAAUGUCAUCGAUAAGAGAAAGAAUCUUCUAUCCUACAGUGCAAAAUGCUGCAAACCUAAGGAUGCUCCCCUUAAAUACUUGAGUGUGACAGUAUUUGAAAAUUGCUCCCCAGAGAUUCUUAAGGACUUUUACAUGGAUAAUGACUACAGAAAGCAGUGGGACAAUACCUUGGUUGAACAUAAGCAGCUGGAGGUGGAUAAAACCAAUGGCACUGAAGUUGGUUGCACUAUAAAAAAAUUUCCACUCUUGACACCCAGGGAAUACAUAUUGGCCUGGAGAUUAUGGGAAGGAAAAGAUAAAACAUUCUACUGCUUUAUUAAGGAAUGUGAGCAUCCAUUAGUACCUCGGCAGAGAAAGUAUGUACGGGUGCGUUUCUUUAGAUCUGGUUGGAGAAUUAGGAAAGUACCUGGUAGAAAUGCCUGUGAGAUCAAAAUGUGUCAUCAAGAAGAUGCUGGUUUAAAUGUGGAGAUGGCGAAGUUGGCUUUCUCUAGGGGCAUAUGGAGUUAUGUCUGUAAGAUGGAUAAUGCACUGCACAAGUACGAUGCAAUCAGUCAUCUUCGGAUGGUUCCUGCUGUUACUGCAGUGUCUCUGAUCCAGAAGGUUCCACAAGGAUUAGAACAAAUGAACAUUGUUGUGGAUACUCCAGCAACUCCUGCAGUGACUGCCAUGGAUGGAUUGGUUAUUGACGGAACCAAAGAGAGGACAUUCCUUAGAAGGCCAUCAAGGAAAGUUUUGGCAAAUGGUUUGCUUCUUCUUGGUGGUGUUGUCUGCUUGACCCAUGGACACUCUAGCCUGGGUGCUAAAGUUGCCAUGGCUUACAUCUUGACAAAGCUGAGAAAACGAGAUGCUUCUCCAGGUGGAAGCAAGGAAAGGUGACAUACAGGACCUAACCACAAUGCACUACCAAGAGUGGUACUGGUUAACCUAAUAACAAUUGCUGCGUACAUUUAUUAAUUUUGGCAUGGAAUCUGACUGGUUUACCCAUUUCUGACUGGUUAGCCUAAAGUUGCAUGCAUUUUGUGUUGUAGGUGUACAGAUGACAGUAGGGACUUGUAACUUAAAUCAUUUGUUUCCCAUCUACUUGAACUAUAAUCUAUGAAUGAAAAGCCAUCUAAAGGAAGCAAUACUCUCUUGUUGAUUAUUCAAAACUUAUUUUUGCAUAAGUGAGAAUGGAUCAGACUUGGUGCUUCUU